AUGCCUAGGGAGAUCAUAACCAUCCAGGCUGGCCAAUGCGGCAACAGCAUCGGUAGUCAAUUCUGGCAGCAGCUAUGUCUGGAACACGGAAUCAGUCAAGAUGGCAAUCUGGAAGACUUUGCGACAGAAGGUGGUGAUAGGAAGGAUGUGUUUUUCUACCAGAGCGAUGAUACGCGAUACAUACCCCGUGCAAUCUUAUUGGACUUGGAACCACGAGUGAUUCACGGUAUCCAAAAUGGGCCCUAUAAAAACAUCUACAAUCCGGAGAACUUCUUCGUUGGAUCGCAGGGGAGUGGUGCAGCAAACAAUUGGGCUGCAGGCUACGCUGCUGGAGACACGGUGCAAGAGGAGGUGUUCGACAUGAUAGAUCGAGAGGCCGAUGGAAGCGACUCGUUAGAGGGUUUCAUGCUCCUUCAUUCAAUUGCUGGUGGUACAGGGUCAGGUUUGGGCAGCUACAUAUUGGAGCGAAUGAACGACAGAUUCCCUAAGAAGCUGAUACAGACGUAUUCGGUAUUUCCGGACACACAAGGAGGCGGAGAUGUGGUGGUCAAUCCAUACAACAGCUUGCUCGCUAUGCGGCGGCUGAUACAGAAUGCGGACUCGGUGGUCGUGCUCGACAACGGCGCUUUGUCAAGGAUAGCUGCGGACCGACUUCACGUCCAAGAGCCUUCUUUCCAGCAAACGAAUCAGCUCGUCUCCACUGUCAUGUCCGCCAGCACGACCACCCUUCGCUACCCGGGGUAUAUGCACAAUGACCUUGUUGGCAUUGUUGCUUCUCUCAUUCCAACGCCGCGAUGCCACUUCCUCAUGACCUCUUACACUCCCUUCACAGGCGACAACGUAGAGCAAGCAAAGACGGUACGGAAGACCACAGUACUGGACGUGAUGCGGCGACUGUUGCAACCGAAGAAUCGUAUGGUCUCAACGACACCGAGCAAGACAAGUUGCUAUAUCAGCAUACUCAACAUCAUUCAAGGAGAAGCAGAUCCCACAGAAGUGCACAAAUCACUCCUCCGGAUCCGCGAACGCCAACUGGCAACAUUCAUACCAUGGGGUCCUGCAUCGAUACAAGUCGCAUUGACAAAGAAGUCGCCCUACCUCCAGAACACACACAGAGUCUCAGGUCUCAUGUUGGCAAAUCAUACAUCUGUGGCGACGCUCUUUAAGCGAAUCGUCGUCCAAUACGACAAGAUGAGGAAACGAAACGCCUAUCUGGAAGGGUAUAGAAGGGAGGCGCCUUUUGCUGAAGGUCUGGGCGAAUUCGAUGAAGCAAGAGCUGUAGUCACGGACUUGAUCGGAGAGUAUGAAGAGGCGGAGACGGAGAGCUACUUGGAUCCGGAUAAAGGCAAGGAAAAGGCAGAAGGCAGUUGA